GACCGGCCCCGGCGCCCGCUCCCCCUGCGCAUCGCGGCCGAGUAACCCGGCCGAGUCCAGGGACCAGCAGCCCCGGCCGCCGCGCCGUCGCGAUGUCUGUGGCGGGGCUGAAAAAGCAGUUCCACAAAGCCAGCCAGCUGUUUAGUGAAAAAAUAAGUGGUGUUGAAGGAACAAAACUAGAUGACGAAUUUCUUGACAUGGAAAGGAAAAUAGACAUUACCAAUAAAGCUGUUGCAGAAAUUCUUUCAAAAGCCACAGAAUAUCUUCAGCCAAAUCCAGCAUACAGAGCUAAGCUAGGAAUGCUGAACACUGUGUCGAAGAUCCGAGGCCAGGUGAAAACCACUGGGUACCCGCAGACGGAGGGCCUACUGGGUGACUGCAUGCUGAAAUACGGCAAGGAGCUCGGGGAAGGCUCCACUUUUGGCAGUGCAUUGAUAGAAGUUGGUGAAUCCAUGAAGCUAAUGGCUGAGGUGAAAGACUCUCUUGAUAUUAAUGUAAAGCAAACUUUUAUUGAUCCACUUCAGUUACUACAAGACAAAGAUUUAAAAGAGAUUGGGCACCACCUGAAAAAGCUGGAAGGCCGCCGCCUGGAUUACGAUUAUAAAAAGAAGCGAGUAGGUAAGAUACCAGAUGAAGAAGUCAGACAAGCAGUAGAAAAAUUUGAAGAGUCAAAGGAGUUGGCUGAAAGAAGCAUGUUUAAUUUUUUAGAAAAUGAUGUAGAACAAGUCAGCCAGCUGGCCGUGUUUGUUGAGGCCGCUUUAGAUUAUCACAGACAGUCCACAGAGAUUCUGCAGGAGCUGCAGAGCAAGCUACAGAUGAGGAUAUCAGCUGCAUCCAAUGUCCCCAAGCGAGAAUACAAGCCACGGCCCAUAAAAAGGAGUCCCAGCGAGCUCAAUGGGGUGUCCACCGCCUCCUCGGCAAAGACAACAGUUUCAGAGUCUGGGAAGUUCAAGAUCAAGGUGCCGGCAGACUCGUUGUCGGGUUCUAACGUUCCCAUGGACCAGCCCUGCUGUCGUGGUCUCUAUGACUUUGAGCCUGAAAACCAAGGAGAACUAGGAUUUAAAGAAGGGGACAUCAUUACAUUAACCAAUCAAAUAGAUGAAAACUGGUAUGAAGGAAUUCUGCAUGGGGAAUCUGGCUUCUUCCCCAUUAACUAUGUGGAAGUGAUUGUGCCUUUACCUCAGUAAAUGUGUUAACUCAGACUCUCUCGGACAUAAGUUUCAUAACCGAAGUGAAUUCACACCAGUGUUCUCAGCGUGGUUGUUCUGUGGCAUUCUUGCUCUUUGACCAACUUAAUGACUUUUGUAUGUGUGGUUCUCUUUAUAAUGUAUUUUGUAUCAGUUUAAUUUGUAUAAAUGAUUUUCUUGUCUUGGCUCCAUGGAAAUACAGUUUUCUUCUUUUGCUGAUUGUCUUAAAAGUCACUGGUUAAAUAAAUGUAUGUGCUUCUUGUUGCUAAAAAUAAACAGCAUCCAUAAGCUCUGUCAGGGACUGGCCCGUCUUCCUCAAGCUGUGAUGGAAGCCAACACUUGAAGCUAAGAACUGCUAAAUAUUUUGUUUCCUGACAUGACUGAUGGCCUCCGGUCUUUCCCCUUCAUGUGUUUUAGCUGACCUGUGAACCACCCAAUAAACAUGACACACUCUUGGCAAAAGGCCUUGGUCAUUCUUAACGUUGAGUUGAUUCUGAAGUGCAGUCGUGCAGCUGCAAAUUCCUCCUGUGACCACCCUGACCUGGGGUGCAGGCUGGUGAAUUGUUUGGCCUGUGGGAUGGUAGCAGGCUGGGUACCAAUGGAGACUUUAAAAAUACUCAAGCCUUUCCACCUGUACUCUGCACCUGUGCAUCUCCAUCAGGAGAACAUGCCCA